AUGGUGACGGUACUCGAAGCACUCCUGAGGAGGAACCCGGCACUUGACACACAAUAUGUUCACCCCGGGCCCAAUACCACGGUCAAAGACGCCGUCGCUCCGGACGAGUGGGUCCCGUGGACGAACUUCACAUACGCAAACCUGACAAUGAUCUUUUCGAAGCAGCUUCAGACGACAUUCAGCGGCCCCUCCGACGACAAGCCGUUGCCGCUUGACGUGACCAUCUGCAACGAAGAGACUUUUGCAGUUGUUCUGCAUCGUUUUGUCAUGCCGACAGUCAACCGUUGUCUCCACAGCGUAGCAUCGACGGCUCAUUUCGGCCCCGGCAGCCGCUGCGCCGAUGCCACAGCGGUCCCCGACUGGUCUUGCAUUGGCAACAGCCUCUCUCAAAACUAUGUUCCGGGAGACACCAAGCUCAGUGCCAAGUUCCGACCAGACAUGGCCUACUCAAGUAGCGCAUACGACCGGGACGAGUGGGCAAAGGUACUGGGACAAAUUACGUAUUAUCAAUCUCAAUUUGGCUCCAGGUACGGCUUUGUCAUUACCGACAAUCUGCUCUUGGUGCUUCGAGCAUCCCGUCUACGCACUGGCCCCGGCAUUUCCGCUAUGCGGCCUACACGCUCCGGCGUCGUAAAGAUUGUCGACUACGGCGACUACGGCGAAGAAAGCGAGAUGUCAUUUGCCAAUACGACGCUUUCGUAUGUGGAUGACAACCCUGUGAACUGGGAAAAAAAUCCGCCCGAGUAUGCCAUCGUCCCGUGGGACGAGCGGCGCCCCGGAAAGCUGACGGUGAAGCUCGCCCUGUGGUGUCUGGCGAUGCUGGGAACCUGUGGAGAAAAAUACAUUGACUACUCCUACCCGCCACUCGACUCGUGGCAUUUCAAGGGCCACCGCUAUGUCCACAACUCGACUGGAGAGUCGAAAGACCGUGCUGGUCCACACGAUAUUAUCCAAGGACCCGAUCCCGACCAAGCGAGCAUGGAGCCACCUAGCAGCUAUAACGAGGUAGACGACGCCCCCAGAAAUGAUAGCUUCGACUUCGAUGGCCAAGGCAACGGCGGAGGAGAAGAAGACGAGGAGCAAGAAUCGGGUCUGGCGGCCCAGUUUGACACUUCCCUUAACGUUGUUGAUGACGACGCCGACGGGCCAUCUUGGCAGGCUUCUGAAAACAAGCUUUCCCGUGACGAUCAAGCAUGGGCUGGAACUACAAACAGCGAUGGAAACGACGAAAAUGACAACAAUGAUGACAUUGACGAUGGCGACGUAGAUACUGUCGUCGCUGGGCCAGCGUUCGCAAGCAAAUUAAAGACAGUGACGGUGACUGUCUCGAAGCGGAAAGGUCUCGGGAAGCUGUUCGGCAAGCUGUACUUUACUGAUCAUCGAGGCCGUCAGAUUGACACGGAGAAGGCCGAAUGGAAGAAGGUGGUGGGAGGAUAUGAGAUGCUAGGCAGACGCCACAGGUAUGUUACUUCGCAGUUCCCAGAUUAA